AUGGCGUCAGCCGAGUUUUUAGAGCAAGCUUUGUCUAUAGACGUUGAUGAGAAUGCAGUAAACGCGAUCGUGGGUUCGCUUGAAAAUCAUUUAGUGACGUCCGUUUCGUCAAUAUCAUCACAGAACAAUUUAGUAAAUGUUAUUCCUAAUCAUCUUAAUAUUACUUCAAGUGCAAAUACCAUUAAUGGACAAAAAUAUAACCAGGACCAAAGUGAUGGUGAAAUAGGUUGUGUAAAUUUUCAACCAUCACUCGUUUCUUGUGCAUCAUUUAGUGUUCCAACUUCAUUUGUAUCACAAUCAAACGUAUCUCAAUGUGUUUCAAAUAACGGUGAACCUCUAAAAGUUAUUAGUACGCAAGUACAAAGUUUGGCUGUGUCAGAUAGUAAUACACCGUAUUCAAUUCGGUCUCUUUCGAACAAUUGCGUUAAUUUAUCUUCGUCUCAGGCUCAGAUAUCACAUUUAAUACAGGGAAGUAGUGUAGUAUCUCAAUCUGGGAACAAAACAAUUAGUAUGCAACCUCCUUUGGUUUUAAAACAGGGUACAACUUCUGGUCAAGUUGGCAUGCAACCUAAUAUGGUCACAGUGCCUAUGACAGUGAAUUCUAGCAUGCCUGGUUCUAUACCAAAUGUUAUGACUAUUAAUAAGCCAGGAGGGCAAAACGUAGUAGUAACAACACAGAAUUUGGGUACAGCACAACCUGCUAUAUUGCCCAAUGUGCAGAUAUUGAAUAUGCGACCGGGCGCUCCAGCAGUUGCGUCACAGAAGUCUGUAGCUACAGUAUCUCCGCGAGUUGUUAUUGGGACUCCACAGGUGGUGGGAACGAGAGCAGCUGCUCCUGGAAUAACGCUGCAAACACUUCAAAGUCUACAACAGGGGCAACAGGGUCAUUUGUUGUUAAAGACUGAGAAUGGUCAAUACCAGCUGUUGAGGGUCGGCCCCGCGCCCGCGGCCAGCACUCUCACGGCGCCUCAGCCGCAGACGCUCCGGCUGUCGACUGUGCCGGCACACCCAGGCGUAGCGACGGUGUCGACCAGCGUCGCUUCACCCAGCCAGAUGGCAAGUCAGAUGGCAGGUCAGAUGGCAAACCAGAUGCCAGGUCAGAUGCCGGCCGGGCCGGUCGCCACGCCGGUACAGCUCCCCACAGUGACGACCAUCCCGACUCCCUCACCCCAGCCCCAACAACCAACUGUGACAACGCAGAAACCUCUAGACAACACGAAGGAGAAAUGCAGGAAUUUUCUUGCCAAUCUGCUAGAUCUGUCCAGCAAAGAGCCAAAGUCUGUCGAGCGGAAUGUGAGGAACCUAAUCCAAGAACUGAUAGACGCCCAGGUGGAGCCUGAAGAGUUUUGUGAUAGGCUCGAACGUUUGCUCAAUGCGAGCCCACAACCCUGUUUAAUAGGAUUCCUUAAGAAAAGCUUACCGCUACUAAGGCAAUCCUUGGUUAUAAAAGAACUGGUGAUCGAAGGAAUAAACCCCCCUUCACCCCAUGUCGCUUUCUCAACUCUUACCGGGCCCGCGCCGCAGCCGGUUCUCGCCUCCUCUAACAUUCCAAUGCAAAAGCCGCCACCUAAAGCGGGCAGCACGAUAGCAGUUCUGCAGAACAUUCCCGUUCAUACCAAGCUGAAUGUAACCAAGGUCGGUAAGACGAUGCCGGUGAACAGCAAGUCUGGCUUCACAAGAUCGACGUCAUCUUCAUCGGCCCUGUCGACGGUAUUGACGGCGGGAAAGUCCCUCCUCAAAGACAAGGAGAAGAAAGCGACGAUGCAAUUCACUCAACCAUUCGUUGAUGAUAAGAUGGCAGGCGAUGACGAUAUCAACGAUGUCGCCGCUAUGGGUGGCGUUAAUUUGGCUGAGGAAACGCAACGGAUUCUGGGAUCUACCGAGAUGAUUGGUACACAAAUCAGAUCAUGUAAGGACGAGUACCUGGUCCCGCUGUCUCUGAUGCAGUCGCGAUUAAAGGCGGUCGCAGCCAAGCACGGGCUCGAUGAGCCCUCACCAGAAGUGGCAGGAAUCUUCAGCCACGCAGUUCACGAACGACUAAAGAACCUCGUAGAGAAGUUGGCUGUGAUCGCUCAGCAUAGGAUCGACUUGUUGAUCAAGCAGUCGGAUUUGAGGUAUGAAACAACUCAAGACGUUAAGGGACAGCUCAAGUUCCUUGAAGAGUUGGAUAGAGUGGACAAGAAGCGCAGAGAAGACUCUGAAAGGGAGAUGCUACUCAGGGCUGCAAAGUCUCGCUCUAAGAAUGAGGACCCUGAACAGGCAAAAUUGAAAGCAAAGGCUAAAGAGAUGCAGCGAGCCGAGCUAGAAGAGCUCCGACAGCGUGAGGCAAACUUGACGGCCUUACAAGCCAUCGGGCCUCGCAAGAAGCCACGUCUCGAUGGACCUGGUGGUUCCGGAGACAGCGCUCUUGGUGCUUCUAGCCAUGGAUCUGGUGGAAUUUCCGGACGGAGUCAGCUGGCCCUGAGAACACGUCUCAAGCGUAUUAAUCAUAGGGAUAUGAUCUUCCUCCUCGAGCAAGAGAAAGAAACGUCCCACUCACCAAUGCUGUUCCGCAGCUAUUUAAAAUAGUAUCGGUCACGACGUGAAAAUUAUUAGCAUUAUUGAUUUUACCUUAAACUGUUAAAAUGAAUAUGAUUACUGUGCAUUAUGUUGGACUAAGAGUUAAAAUAAAAAUAAAGCCACUUUUCUGUAAAUUAAAAAAAAUAAUCUAUCCUCUUCAUUGUCUAGCGAAAGAUUUAGAGUAUGUAAAUAUGUUCGAAAUUAAACUAUCUUAAGAAAUAAAGAAGUAAGUACAUAUAGCUAACUACAUAUUUGUAGACCAUAAAUCACACUAGAAGGCGAAACCGAUUAUAUGGCACGUGAAAAUAUAUUUUUUUUUAUAUACCAAGACAUGACGGUUACUUCUGAAACUGGAUAAAAUAUCUGUUUGUCAGAAUUAAAAGACGAAAUUAGUAAGUUAUAGGUGUUUGUUACACCCUGUUAUUGCAACAGAAUUAUCCCAUAUGUUAGUCCAUAAAGAUUAAAUAACUUUAGAUUUAUAUUAAACAUUUAGUAUGGUAGAUUCAAUUUGAAGGCUUAAUUUUAUUAAAAAUAUACAUCAUGUUAAUCAUUUAAAAUUCAAAUAAUUCAUUCAAUGAGAAGAAUUGCUAUACACUACAAUUUUAGUAGUCAGGACAUUUGUAACAUUAGCUUAAUCCAAAGUGUUUUCUAACUUAAAACAAUAUAUAAUAGAAAGUACAGGCAGUCCUCGACUUACGACGUUUCGAUUUACGUCGUUUCAAGUUAUGGCAAUCUAUUAUGUCUCGACUUAUGUCGUUUUGAUUUACGUCGCGUAUUUCGAGAACCUAACAUGCCGUAAGUACGAGGACUGCCGGUAUCCAGUAACUGCGACUGACAUUUCUAUGACUUUUAAAUGUACCAUCUUAACGUCAUUAUUUUUAUACAAUAUUAAUUUACAAAUUAAAUUAUUUUUACAUAUUAUUCUAAUUUCUAUACAAAAUAUGUGUCAAAUGUUAGGGAAAUUCAAGUAAAUUAGUUCUUUCUAAGGAAUAAACAAGUCACAAUAGUUCUUAUUUAAUUGCUCAAACUUUUAACACUAUUUAUGAAUAUAAUAUUUUAUCUUGCCUAAUAGUCGGUUCACCAAUAAGGUUUAACAUUAAGUGAUUGCUUAUUUGUAAAUAUUAGGAUAUAAUUUAGUUUAGUUUUUGUUUUUUAAUUUAUAUGAAAACUGAAUGUAUUUAAAGUUAUUGUUUUUAGCAGCAUAUAAAUAAAUAUGUCCUAAUAAUAACCAAAGCUUUUUGAAUAGAAAAUACAUUCCAGUUAAAAAAUAUUGAUGUGUCUGACUUGAUCAAACUUCUUAUUAAUCAAAUAAUUCAUUCGAUGUUUGGUUUAAGUAAUAAAUUAAUGCUUUUGUGUAUUUGUAAUCUAACAAUGAUUAUCAAAUCUAUUGUUCUAAAUAGUUUGAGUGUUGUAAGAAAGCUUAUACUUUGAUGUUUAACAUAAUAUAUGUAUGUAGGUUUCUAUUAACAGCAUCCUAGAAUUAGUGUUGAGAAUUGAGUGUUAUGUGCAGUAACUCCACCUUAGUCAAGCACACACAAGUCUAUCUACACAUAUUAAAGCAUAGGUCGUGACCCAUUCAUUCAUAUAUAAGUCAUAUGAAAUGUUUGUUUUUGAAGGAUUAAUAGAGUGAGGGACUAAUUGAAUAAAAGCCAAUAAAAUAUAUUAUCAGAUUUAUUUUUAAUUAGGUAUUUGAAUGCAUUCUAGGUGUUUUUAAUAAAUUGCAAAAAUAUGGCACAAUAAAACGAUUCAUCCCUUUAGUAUUCAUUUUUAUGAGCAAAUUUUUUUUUUUUGAUACUUGCUCUAUGCAGCCAAGUGUGGCUUUGCCAUUUCAUUUAUUGUUUUGGGUAUGAUAAUUGCCCAAAUCAGACUGUUCAUGUCUGUGGUUCUUGCAAGUAUCUACACUUAAAAUAAAUAUACAGUUGUGUUGUAGCAAAUAAUUUAGAACUCUUUUGUAUAUAUGUAUAAAUCAACAAACCAUUAACAUAAUUAUUCUUAUGAAAAUAAAGUGUAAAUACAUUUUAAGGUACAAAAGAUUCUCAAUACAUUUAAAGGCGUUAUUGUACGCAACCACGAUAUUAUAACAAACUCACAUGUUGUUAAAUACCUUUCAAAUGUGUGAGCAAUUUGAAGUAGUCGAAUUUGCAAGAAAAAAAGAAAAAAAGUUAUACAAGCGAAAUAAUAACAGGAACAUUAUAGUAACCUGCUCCCAAAAAUUUUAGUGGUCGUAUAAACAUAAGACACGCACUAAAAAUUGUUAUUUAGUCCUUUAGUUAUUUAUUGGUAGUAUUUUCGAUCUCUGGAGUAUCUCUAAAAAAAUAUUAUUAUUGACUAACUUCAUCGUAAUAGUGUAAUUUUGAUUGCUCUAGAAACUGUAAAAUACUGUCUUGAUGUUGAUGGUAAAAUUAUAUCUUUUUUCUAUGCAUUUUUG